UUUCUUUGUCACCUACGAAUUCACAAAGUCCCUUCUCGGCGCUGGGGGGGGGCUAGCAGCUCCACAAGCGGCACCUGUCACUCACAUGAUGGCCGCCUCCCUCGGAGAAGUAGUGGCGUGUCUGAUCCGGGUGCCCACAGAGGUGGUCAAACAGAGGACCCAGGCCUCUCCAUCUUCCUCCACCUACAACAUGCUGCUGGCUACACUCAGAGAGGAGGGUUUCCGAGGCUUGUACAGAGGAUACAGCAGCACGGUCCUCAGAGAGAUCCCGUUCUCGCUGGUGCAGUUUCCACUUUGGGAAUAUCUAAAGACUCUGUGGUCACGGAGGCAAGGUCACACGCUCUACUCUUGGCAGUCUGCAGUGUGCGGAGCUUUUGCAGGUGCAGGGGAUUAUUUGCUGCUUUGGGAAAGAGGCGGAGAGGGAGGAGGGAGGGAGGGGGGGUGGGAGAAGGAAGGGGAAGAAUGGAUGGCCGGGUCGAGCGAGGCGGAGGGGAACAUCCCCAGGGUGCUCUGCAACGUGUGGAGGAGCCGCGGCCUACCAGGUCUGUUUGCAGGCUGCAUACCGAGGAUGACCUUCAUCAGUGUGGGCGGUUUCAUCUUCCUGGGAGCUUACGAGAAAGUCCGCAGCACUUUACUGUAUUAGCUCGUCCUCUGACAGCAUCCUGAGCCCCAGCCUGGUGGAGGAACAGCGGAGGAAGCAUCUCUUGGAGAAGCACCCUCUUCCUCUGGGGGCCCCUGCACCCCCAUGCUGCUGGGCCCCGAAAAGCAAGGAACACCUGGUGCUCGAGGGAAGGAGUCGUCCAGGGCCUGAUCGCUGCAUUCCUGCUCAUCAGUGCUGUUGAGUUUAACAGCCUGAGUUAAACAGCCUGAGCUCAAACUCCUGUAACAAAUGGUAGCGUGUUAAAUGGAGCCACACCCUGUCCCACAAGUCUAGCAUCUUUACUGUUCAACAUGUAUGUGUGGGAACCAAUGAGUGAUGUAAUUAAAGACUCUUUUUUUAUGUUUUAAGGUGAGGUUUGUUGAUUUGAUCCCCAAUAGAAGGCCCUGUUAAGCUUCCAAUAUGUGAUUUCAUGAUCAUUUUAAUGUGUAAUCCAUAUUUUUCUCUUAGCUAAGUCUGGCCACCUGUUUUAAGACCCACCGGGGGCUGGGGGGAGACAGAGUAAUGUCUCAGCAUUGUUACAAUCCCGCUGGAGCACAACUGAGCUCAUCCACCUGCAAGGGCUUUAAUUUUAUACUAAGGAUCCCUACAACAAUGAGCACUUUGUUAAAUUAACAAGGCUCUAGUUGUAUUAUUAGCCUCAGGUGUAUUGCCGUUUGGGAUAUAGCUGUCUGGUUUAUUGUGAAAUAUUUGUAUCAGGUCGUUAGCCUGAUUGAUUUGACAUUGUAGUAGAGUGACUCCUAAAGCUCAAACCUGUAAACUUGCCAGUUAAAAAAAAGUUAGCUUGACAAAACAACAAC